GUGCACCUUGACCGAUCGCAACAUCUGAGGACUGCUUCAAGUUUUUCCAACGCAGACCCCAGCCGCCAAAAUGAAGACCCAGUGGAAGGAUCUCCCCCCGGUCCCCAACUCGCAAGAGUUCCUCGACAUUGUCCUCUCGAGGACGCAGCGCCGGCUGCCGACCCAGAUCCGCUCGGGUUUCAAGAUUUCGAGAAUCAGAGGCUUCUACACCCGCAAGGUCAAGUUCACCCAGGAGACCAUCAGCGAGAAGCUCGGCCUGAUCAUCGAGUCGUUCCCUCGCCUCAACGACAUCCACCCCUUCCACAAGGACCUGAUCAACACCCUCUACGACGCCGACCACUUCAAGAUCGCCCUCGGUCAGCUCUCGACCGCGAAGCAUCUUAUCGAGACCAUUUCCAGAGAUUACGUCCGACUCUUGAAGUAUGGCCAGUCGCUUUUCCAGUGCAAGCAGCUGAAGCGCGCCGCGCUUGGUCGCAUGGCGACGCUCAUCAAGCGCCUCAAAGACCCUCUGGUUUACCUCGACCAGGUUAGACAGCAUCUUGGCCGUCUUCCCUCGAUCGAUCCCAACACCAGAACCCUUCUCAUCACGGGUUUCCCCAACGUCGGAAAGUCUUCUUUCCUCAAGUCCGUCUCCAGAGCCGACGUCGAUGUCCAGCCGUACGCCUUCACAACGAAGUCGCUCUUCUGCGGUCACUUUGACUACAAGUACCUUCGUUUCCAGUGCAUUGACACCCCUGGUAUUCUCGACCACCCUCUCGAGGAGAUGAACACCAUUGAGAUGCAGUCCGUCACCGCCAUUGCCCAUCUGCGAUCCGCCAUUCUCUACUUCAUGGAUCUCAGCGAGCAGUGCGGUUACUCCAUCCAGGCCCAGAUCAACCUCUUCCAGAGCAUCAAGCCCCUGUUCCAGAACAAGAUCGUCUUCAUCGUCGUCAACAAGAUCGACGUGGUCAAGCCCGAGGACCUCGACGCCGCCACCCAGGCUCAGCUCCAGGGCCUCCUCAAGUCCGGCGAGGUUGAGAUGCUCCAGCUCUCCUGCAACACCCAGGAGGGUGUCCAGAACGUCAAGAACACCGUCUGCGAGCGCCUCAUUGCCGAGCGCGUCUCCCAGAAGCUCAACGCCGGCACCAACAGCAGCGGCAACAUUGGCGGCCGCCUCGCCGACGUCAUGGCGCGUAUCCACGUCGCCCAGCCCGGCACCAGCCAGCCCCUCCAGACCUUCAUCCCCGAGGGCAUCAAGAACAUGAAGAAGUACGACAAGGAGGACCCGGAGCGCCGGAGGCUCGCCAAGGACGUCGAGGCCGAGAACGGCGGCGCCGGCGUCUACAGCGUCGACAUGCGCCAGGACUGGCUCCUCGCCAACGACGAGUGGAAGCACGACAAGAUCCCCGAGGUCUUUGACGGCAAGAACGUCUACGACUUCAUCGACCCGGAUAUCGACGCCAAGCUCCAGGCCCUCGAGGAGGAGGAGGAGCGCCUCGAGAAGGAGGGCUACUACGAGUCGGACGAGGAGCUCGACGACGAGGAGGAGGCCGACAUCCUCUCUAAGGCCGAGAUCAUCCGCGAGAAGCAGGCCCUCAUCCGCAACGAGGCCAAGAUGAAGAAGCGCCUCAAGAACCAGGCCAUCAUCCCCCGCAAGUCCCAAAAGGUGCCCCUCUCCCAGAUGGACGACGCCCUCGACCAGCUCGGUGUCGACACCACCGACAUUGUCAACCGCGCCCGCGCCCAGUCCCGCCCCCGCGGCCGCUCCUCCGGCCUCUCCCGCGCCGGCACCGAGGACGUCGACAUGAUGGACACGGACGCCACCCCGCGCGAGCGCCUGCGCUCCCACAGCCGCGCCCGCAGCCAGAGCCGCGCCCCCAUCGUCAACAGGCGCGAGGACGGCGUCCAGGACGACGAGGCCCGCGACAAGGCCGACCGCCUCGCCAAGCUCUCCCAGAAGAAGCGGAACCGCAUGGCGAGACAGGGUGAGGGUGAUCGUCACACCACCGUAUCGCUGCAAAGGCAUUUGGUUGCCGGCAAGCGUGGCCUCGGCAAGAACCAGAGACGUUAAGAAAACCACCACCACCACCACCAGCCCCGUCAUCGCCAGCAGCGGUAGGGGUAAAAAAGACGGUAAUGGAUGUUUACGGAAAGAGAAUAAAAGUAAAUAUGCUUUAUUUAUUUCGGGGGGGCAUGGAGGCGUUUUGCGGUCUUUGUUUCGUUUUGCUGCUGCCUUGUUAUUUGUCUUCUUUCAUUCCUUCGUUCUCUUGCGACACAAAUCCACAUCACAUCUGACGAGGUCGGUAAAAAGGCCCCUACAUUCUGAAUCGGGAGGCCACGAGGGAUAGAAGAGAGGGAAUAGGAGACGGGGGGGGAAGUCUGUGAUGCCUUUUUUCUUUUUGAGAAACGUAUGUCGAAAGAAAAAGCGUCGUAGCAUUACCAGCUUUGCGUGUGUCUCGACGUUUGAUGGCUUUCUUCAAAGGCCAUCAAAUCAAGGACCAUUGAAUACCCUG